CUGUCUCUAAACUCUAUCGUUUGUAUGGGAAAACAACCAACCAAGCUAAUCCAUGAACUCCUUCCAACGUGUUGGAUAUAUUUUUAGCUGUAUAUAUAUGGAACAUGUUGCUCAAUAUUGAAUAUGAACUUUUUGAAGCAAUAAUAACCAUAUGCUUCUUCUUCUUCUUCUUCUUCAUAUUUUUCCCAAGAUUUAAUAGGUGCCAUACGUCCAUGGGUGAAGGUAGUGGAAAACAAAUGGCUUUGCAGGGUGCAUGCUCGAUCAGACAAAAUAAUAACUACGCUAAAAGAAAAGAGAGUUGGGCGAUCAUGGAAGGAGAUGAUGACCAUGAUCAUGAUGAUUUGUCCGACACCACUUCGUCGACAUCGAAUCGAUCGACGUAUUCAUCAGACGUGGUGGAUGAUGCAUCUUCGUCUGCAUCGUCUUCAUGUUCUUCAUCCUUGCGUUCUGGGGGAUCUCUGUACGACUUGUCAGAUCUCACGGCACAGUUACCCAUCAAGAGAGGGCUUUCCAUGUAUUUUCAAGGCAAGAGUCAGUCUUUCACAUCUUUAUCAAAAGUGAAUAGCAUUGAAGAUCUUGCAAAGAAAGAGACUCCAUAUCAGAGAUCAAAAGCACUAAAAUCAUGCAAGAGCUACGGUGGUGGCUUAGGUAACCAAAGAUCUUACAGUCUUAUUCCCAAGCCCACCAUAUCUAAGGUCAAGAAGUCUUCGAGAGGUCCUUCCUCAUCUGCAUCUUUUACAAGUAGAAGAGGCACCUCUUUAGGUUUUAUUAACAAUAAUGUACUUCCUCGCUGAGUUACGAAGAAAAUUUAACGUACGUAUACACUACAUAUACAUUUAAUACGAUGAGGGUCUUUCCGUACAGGUCGUGUGCUUACACAUAUCAUGGUUGAGUUUAUGUAUAAAUAGCUAAACUUGUACCGUGUACUAACCCACUACUGUAUAAAACAUAUUGCGCUAACACCAAUUCAAUAGUUCGAUCGGGAUACAGAGAUAUCUUGUUUUACAUUCAUUUUAAUCUUAAUUAUAGCCUCACUUAUCCUUACGUACGUAUAUAUAGUUCGGUGCCUAUAACUUGUAGAAAAACUAAUAUCAAAACUAUUCAAAAGUUAAUCUCGCUCUCCAAAUUUAUAAUAUUCAUACACUAAUAUAUGUAUUUUUUUAAGAUGAAAAUAAAAUUAUAACUUGAAACCUGUAGAGCAACCCGAGUUUACAACAUCGAAAAAAGCACUCUAGAACUCCCUCAAACCAUCAAGCCGACCAGGAAUGUCCAAGAUCAGCUAGAGCAUCAACAACAAAAUUUGCUUUCCUGAAAAUAUGUCAGAAGCUAAUAACAUUCAUACACUGAUAUACGUACACUAGGCCAAAAAAGCCUUCAAACAACAUUUGUAAACAGUUGACUGAUGAGAAUCU